UGCUGAAACCGUGUACACGUAAUAAAAAACAUCACCGGGUGAAGUUAUUCGAUAUGAUUAUCACAUUUUUUAAAAUCGUAUAUUCAAUAUACUUGCAUUCAAACCGACGAACAUUUUCAGAAGGGUCAGUUUGUCAAAUACUAUUUAUUUUCGUCUGCGUUAUAUUUAUACGAAACGUAUACUUAUGAUAUAGGCAUAUGUCAGUCAUGAAAACUUAUUUGAUUGCUAUGUCGCACGUAGUGAGGAAGGAAGGAAAAGUGAAAGCGUUAUAUGAAAUAUUAAUUUAUUUUCCGCGAGGGGAAAGACUUCGCGAAGGAGGGUUUAUAUCAGAUAUUCUAGCGAUGUUGUUGUGGCUAAUGCAAAUUAUUUCGUUGAAAAGUAUGGAACACAAUAGAAAUUAUUAUUACGACAUUAGUAAAAGAUUCUUGUGGAUGGUCGGCCAAUGGCCUUAUCAAAAACCGAAAACGAGAUUAUCCUUUAUGGCUUUGGUAGUCAUAGUUUUGGCUAAUUGCCUUUUUACACAGAUAGCACAAAUUUUUGUAUGCAAAGACACACAGUGUAUUUUUCAAACUUUACCUCCCCAUUUAUUAGUAUGGAAUUCUUUAGUGAAAGUGCUCGCAUAUCGAUUUAACAGCCAGAAAAUUAAAGAUCUCACUGAUCACUUAUUCGUAGACUGGGAUACUCUUAAGACUCAAGAAGAACGUGAGAUCAUGAAAAAAUAUGCCGAUAAUGGCAGGUGGUACUCAUUGAUAUAUGCCUCGUAUUGUUAUGUAUCUACCGUAUCAUUUAUAACAACCUCUCUCGUGCCACGUAUCAUGGACAUCGUGUUUCCUUUAAAUACUUCACGUCCAAUAAUAUUAGCAUAUCCAGCGCACUAUUUCGUUAACGAAGAGCAGUAUUUCUAUUAUAUUUCUUUUCAUAUGUUAAUUACUGCCUUGGUAUGUGUGACUGGAUUAAUUGCGCACGACUGCAUGUUUUUUAUUUACAUCGAACAUGUUUGCGGCCUUUUUGCAGUGGUCGGAUUUAGAUUUAAACAUGCAUUAGAUAAACAAGAUAUUACGAGGAGUAAUCUGAUUGAUUGCUCGGAUAAUUUAUAUCAUAAAAAUGUUACAUUUUCGAUUCAUGCUCAUCGAGAAGCCUUGCAGUUUGCGAAACUCAUUGAAAAUGCUUUUUCCGUACCAUUCGCCAUUCAACUCAUGAUAUCUACAAUGUCUAUUAGCGUUAGUUUACUUCAAUUCUCGAUGCAGCUGAAUGAUUUAAUGGAAGCAAUGAGAUACUUCGUCUAUAUACUUGCUCAAUUAUUCCACUUAUUCUGCUUCAGCUUUCAAGGACAAAAAUUGAUAGAUCAUAGUCUCGAAAUUUGUGAUAAAAUAUAUAAUAGCGCAUGGUACGAGAUACCCUUAAAGGGACAAAAAUUGCUUUUGAUUACGAUGAGAAAAAGCAUUGAAGCCAGUACUUUGACUGCCUGCAAAAUAUACGUAUUUUCUUUGCAAAAUUUCACAAUGGUUCUACAAACCGCGAUGUCAUACUUUACGGUGCUAGCAUCCUUCAGUUUCUCUGGGAUUCAAAUGACAUUUGUUCAUCGAACAGAAACUGUAUUUCGAAGUAUGGAAUCUAAUAUGGAAUAUUACUACAAUAUCAAUAAAAGGUUAUUGUCGCUUAUCGGUCAAUGGCCAUAUCAGAAGCCAAAAGAGAAAUGGGCUUUUUUGAUUUUGAUACUCAUAAUUGUAACCAAUUUGUUAAUUACACAGGUGGCACAAUUUUUUAUAUGCGAAGACGCACAAUGUAUCUAUCAAACUUUACCUCCACACAUGUUAGGAAUAAUGCUAUUAGUGAAAAUAUUUACAUUUUAUUUUAACAAACAAAAGAUUAAAGUUCUUACAGAUCGCUUGUUCAUAGACAUGGAUAUGUUUGAGAAUCAAGAUGAACGUAAGAUUAUGAAAAGAUAUGCUGAGAGUGGCAGGUGGUACACGUUGACAUACGCUUCUUAUGUAUAUAUAGCUACCCUCUCAUUUGCAACAACUGCUCUCAUACCACGCAUCUUGGACAUUGUAUCUCCUUUGAAUACUUCUCGUCCGAUAGUAUUAGCAUAUCCAGCGUAUUACUUUGUUAACGAGGAGAAAUAUUUCUACUAUAUUUUUUGCCAUAUGUUUGUUACUGCGGGAUUAGGUCUGACUGGAUUAAUUGCGCACGACUGUAUGCUCUUUGCUUACAUCGAACAUGUUUGUGGCCUAUUUGCCGUGAUUGGAUUUCGAUUCGAACAUAUGUCGUACAAUCAUGAUAGUGCGAAAAAGAACAUAAUUAAUUAUUCGCACGACAUAUGUUACAAAAACAUUGUGUUUUCGAUUCACGCUCAUCGAAAAGCCUUACAGUUCGCAGUACUUCUUGAAAGUACUUUUACAGUAUCAUUUGCUAUACAAAUUCUGAUAGUUACAGUCGGUAUGAGUAUUACUUUAGUACAAUUUACGAUGCAGUUGUACAAUUUAGCAGAGGCAAUGAGAUAUAUGGUUUUUAUUGUUGCUCAAAUGUUUCAUUUAUUUUGCUUAAGCUUUCAAGGGCAAAAAUUGAUAAAUCAUAGUCUCGAAACUUGCGACAAAAUAUUUCAUAGUUCAUGGUAUGAAAUACCCGUGAAAGCGCAAAGAUUGCUCUUGAUGGUGAUGAGAAAAAGCAUUGUAGCUAGUACUUUGACCGCAGGUUCUGCAAACUUCGAUGUCGUAUUUUACGGUUCUAUCGUCCUUCAGCGAAUAAAUCGACAGUCGACGAUCAUAGUAGUACGUUUAAAAUUUCGUUACAUUAUAUUUAGCGUCAAGGGAACAAAUGCUAUGUCUGUCUAUAAGAUACAUGUGUCAACUGUUAAUCUUAGGCGACAUGUAACGGAACUGUUUUGCGAAAAUCAAAAUUCGAUCUCGCGGUGCCGAAGACGUGUCUUUUUAAAAGUUAUGGACACUCAGAAUCAUUAUUACAAUAUUGUUUCCAAAAUAUCAUCGCUCACUGGUGUGUGGCCGUUUUUGAAACCAAGAGCAAGACUAUUUCGUGUUACUUUAAUGACAAUAACUAUAUUUACUAUCUUCAUCCCGCAGAUAGCAUAUCAAUUUACAUGCAACAGAGACCUGCAUUGUAUUUUUGAGGGAUGCUCGUCGUAUCUGCUGUCGUCUAUAGCUGCGUUAAAGGUGUACACAUUUCAUUUAAACAAUAAUACAAUUAAAGACCUUACUCGACACUUGUUCGUCGAUUGGAAGAAAGUCGGAAAUCCCGAAGAAUACGAAAUAAUGAAAUCGUAUGCCCGGAACAGUCGCCGAUUCUCUCUGAUAUAUUCAAUAUAUUGCUCAAUGGCGGUAUUUAUGUUUAUGUCAAUGUCCCUUAUACCAUUCGUACUCGAUAUCGUGUCGCCCCUCAAUCAAUCCCGUCCCAUACUAUCGCCGUAUCCAGGACAUUAUUUCGUGGACAUUCGCGAAUAUUUCUUGCAAAUUUUCUGGCAUUCUCUCAUAGCCUGGCAGAUUCUUAUGACCGGCAUAAUUGCCCACGACUGCAUGUACGUGACUUUUGUCGAGCAUAUUUGCAGCAUGUUCGCUGUAAUUGGAUUUCGCUUCGAGCGUUUAUUCCAUAAUCAUGAUGAACCAACGGAGAUUGUUGAUCUAAACGAUAUGUAUCGCAAAAAAGUUGCAUUUAUCGUGCGUACGCAUCGAGAAUCUUUAAAAUAUGCGGAACUUUUAGAAGAUACUUUCAAUAUGCCCUUUGCUGCGCAAAUAUUGAUGGUAACAAUCGGGAUGAGCGUUACCUUGUUACAAAUUUCACGGCAGGAUGGCGACUUACUGGACUUGAUAAGAUAUGUGUUAUAUGUCGUUGGUCAAUUGAUUCAUUUAUUUCUUCUUAGUUUUGAGGGACAAAAGUUGAUAGAUCACAGUCUUCAGACACGCGAUAGAAUAUACAAUAGCGCCUGGUACAAAGCAUCUUUGAAAUCGCAAAAGCUCCUGAUGUUAGUGAUGAUAAAAUGUCUUCGACCCUGCGUUUUAAGCGCCGGCAAAAUUUACAUUUUUUCUUUGGAAAGUUUCACCAUGAUUCUACAAACUUCGAUGUCAUACUUCACAGUGCUCGCGUCGUUUCAGUAG